AUGACAAGAAAAGGCUCGUCGGCAGCCUCAUCGCCGUCAGCCGCUUUGAAUAAUGGUGUUGCUGGAACAGGUCGUUUUGUCUGUUCAAUGUGUGCAAAAGUCUAUCGAUCUGGUGCUGGAUUACGUUAUCACAAACGAAAACGACAUCGAGGCAUGGUCGAACCAACGGCACUUCAUCGAGUCAAAUGCCAAGAACCUGGCUGUACAUAUCAGAUGUUAGCUAUUUCUGAUCUUCGAAAUCAUCUAUCUAAUCAUCAUCAAAAACCUGAAUACAAAUGUACAGAAGAAAAAAAAUUUACAAGUCUUGCAGAUUUUACUGAAUGGAAAUCUUCUUUUGAAAGUCGUACUGGUUCAAAAUAUGUUAAAAAUUGUGGUGCAAAAGGAAAAUCAGACAAUCAAACAACUGAAUAUUAUUAUUGUAAUCGUACAGGACCGUUUGGUCAAGGUUUACGUCGUAGUAAAGCUCAGGGUUCAUUACGCUGUGGUAUACAUUGUACAUCAUCGAUGAAAGUUGAAAUACAAAAUGAUGAACAUAUAACUGUUCAAUAUUAUCCAGCUCAUUAUGGACAUUCACAUUUAUCAGCAGCUGAUGAAUUACAUUUAUCCGAAAAUAGUAUGACUAUGGGAGGAAUUAAUGGAAAUUCAUCAUCAACUAUAAAUAAUGGUCAUCAUCAACAGCAACAGCAGCAGCAGCAACAACAUCAACAACAAGAUAAUGAACAAAGUGUAUUAACACAUUAUCCAUCACAUAGUGGUGAUUGUUCAUCAUCUUCAUCACCUGGUUCAUCAUCAACAAGUCCAUCAGGUGGUUCGAAUUCUAAUUCAAAUCAUCCACCAUCAUCUUCAAUGAUUUCAUGUACAGAUCGACAAUCAAUAACUACAUCGAAUACAUUAAUAAAAAACAGUAAUAAUAUUUCUAAUAAUCAUAAUUCAUUACAAAAUCAAAUGUCACAUUGCAUUAUCAUAUCACCGUCAUUUGUACUCGAAGAAAAUGCAUCAACACAUUCCAAUCAUCAUUCAACACCGGUGCUUAUUGUUCAACAGCAACAACAACAACAGCAAAUGAAUCAAUAUUUACCACCAUCAUCAACUACAAUUGUUGCUCCAACAACGAAUUUAACAAUUAAAAAAGAAAAAUGUGUAUCGGAUAUCAUGCGUGAAGCAUUUCAACUUUUAUCUUAUUGGCCAUUAGAUCAUCAUCAUAGUCUAGUUACUACUGAGAAUGAACAACAAUUUUCUCAUUCUCAUGUUAAUAUGGAUGAGCAUCUUAUGUUCUAA